AUGACUACUUACCUGGUUUUCGUGGGUACCUGCCGACCUGCGUAUCAUCGGGGUUACAGCCUUACAGAGGUAGAAGAACGAAAACCGAAUCCGUCCCUGAUUUUGCUCAGCAGAGACGAUGAUGCUUAUGAGGACCUAAGCCUGAAACCGGUGGAAAAAUUAGCUGUAGGAGAAUGUAGUAAUGUUAAUAGCAAUGACAAUACUUCAUUUUCAUCCUAUUCCGAAGUUAUCAUCACAGAUGUUAGGGAGAUAAUUAAGAAUACGAAGGAGAUGACGGGAGCACAAAGCAAUGUUGAAGACACAGAGAAGAAAGAGGAGAAUGUUGAAUUAAUAGAGAAAUCUGAUAAUGUUGUACUAAGGAAGCUUCUUAGGGGACCUAGGUAUUUUGAUCCUCCAGAUAAUAAUUUGAGAAAUUGUUAUAAUUGUGGAGAAACUGGUCAUACACUUGUCAAUUGUUUAGCAGCUAAACGCAAGAAGCCUUGUUUUGUAUGUGGAAGUUUGGAGCACAAUGCAAAACAAUGCAAACAGGGAAAAGAUUGUUAUAUAUGCAAAAAAUCUGGUCAUCGUGCAAGAAAUUGCCCAGAAAAAACUACAAAAAGCUUUCAAAAAGCUAAAUUUUGUUUAAAAUGUGGUGAUUCUGGACAUGAAAUAUUCACAUGCAAGAAUGUCUACUCCCCUGAUGACCUCAAGGAAGUGAAAUGUUACAUUUGCAAAAGUUUUGGGCAUCUUUGUUGUGUUGACUAUGGAAAAGGUGCAAGUGAGGUUUCUUGUUACAGAUGUGGUCAAUUGGGCCAUUCAGGUUUGGAAUGUGUAAAUUCUCAUGCACAUGCAGAAACAAGCAACACAAUGUCACCUAGUUCUUGUUACAAAUGCGGAGUGGAAGGCCAUAAGGCACGUAAAUGUCCAACUUCAACUAAGAAGCGAAAGAGGAAAGCCAAAUUUUCACACAAAUUACAAGAUAACCAUGACCAAAUAGGGGUUAGGUCCGCACCUCCUACUAUAACCGAAGGGCGAAAUAGGAAUAUAACACAAAACGGACACUCAAGUUCAUAUCAACCAAAGCAUAGGGGUGGGUGGAUGAAUGAAGAUCAUGAUGGGCAUUACCAUGUUAAAGAAUGGGGAUCUCCUUCAACACCACAAACUUAUCAAUCUAACAAUAGUUUCCAUGGAAAUCAUGAUGCAAAUAGUAAUGGUUUUAGUUUUCCAUAUGAAACUUCGAGUGCUUCUAAUGGGUAUCAAUAUGGUUUUUCAAGAUCAAGAUUUGGUGACUCGGGUAAUUAUGGAAUUGGAAGGAGAGAUUACAAUUUGGAUAAUUAGAGCUACAAAAUAGAUUUUAGUGAUUUGAAAGUGCUAAAAUGUUUUCUUCUUUUUAUUCUUCGUUUUAACUUUUCCAAUUAGGUAAUGUGUAAUCCAUAGUUUUUACUUUUUAUUAGUGUUUUGUCAUCAUGUCAUAUACAAAUAUUGUAUCAUGUUGUUUUGUUGAUACGAUAAAGAAUGUAUUCAACAUUUUAAAUUUUAUAGCAUGAUUUUUAAGAUGUUUCAUG